AUGCGAGUCCUCAUUACCGGUGCCGCUGGCUUCAUUGGCCAACUCGUUGCCAAGACUCUCCUCAACGAUGACAAUGGCUCUUACACAGUUAUCCUCACAGAUAUUGUAGAGCCGCCUAUUCCCCAGGGAGUCAAGUUCCCAAACAAUGCAACGUCUGUCAAGACGGACUUGCUUACCGGCUCCAACGCCGUGGUGGACAAGGACAUUGAUGCUGUAUUUGUCUUUCACGGCAUCAUGUCUGCUGGUGCGGAGGCAGAUUUUGAACUAGGCAUGCGAGUCAACUUUGACGCAACCCGCGCCCUACUAGACGCCCUCCGCAAAACAUGUCCCGGAGUGCAAACAAUCUUCACUUCCAGCCAGGCCGUCUACGGCGGCGAAUUCACCGAACCAGUAGACGAAUCCAUGCAUCCCACGCCCCAGUCCUCCUACGGCGCAGAGAAGAUGAUGUGCGAAUACCUCAUCAACGAGUACACGCGCCUGGGCUUCAUAAAUGGCCUCAUCCUCCGCCUGCCCACCAUCUCCGUCCGACCCGGCAAGCCCACGGCCGCGGCGUCCAGUUUCCUCUCUGGCAUGAUUCGCGAGCCGAUGCAGGGCCUGCCGUGUGUUAUCCCCCUCAAGGACCGCGGCUUCAAGCACUGGCUAUGUUCGCCGAAGACACUGGUCGGCAACCUGCUGCAUGCGCUGACGCUGCCGCGGGAUGCGUUGCCCGUGUAUAAUCGUGUCUUGAAUGCGCCUGGGAUGGGCGUCAGCGUGCAGGACAUGAUGGACUCGUUGGCGAGGGUGGGCGGCGAGGAUAAGUUGAAGCUCUUGACGGAGGAGGAGGAUGAGAAAUUGAAGGGGAUUUUGUAUUCGUGGCCGACGACGUUUGAUAAUGCGAAGGCCUUGGGGUUGGGGUUUAAGCGGGAUGAGUCCUUUGAUGAUAUUGUGAGGGACUUUAAGAGGGAGCUUGAAUCUUCAUAG